AUGAGAGACAAAAACCGAGUGACGUAUUCCACGCUAAUCACAGCAGCAAUCAGAUCAUCACCCCACGGCAUGUGCACUAUUACAGAUAUAUUAAAGUACAUUACGUAUAUAAACAGACCAAACAGCACCACAGGCACAAGCAGACCAAAUAAUAACACAAGAUAUAAUACACAUAGUGCAAUAAGUAAUGAUAAUAACACAAUAAGUAAUAAGUUAUGCAAAAACAACAGAAUAAAUAAUAAUACACAUAGUGUAAUAAGUAAUAAGUUAUGCAAAAAUAACAGAAUAAAUAAUAAUACGCAUAGUGUAAUAAGUAAUGAUAACAGAAUAAAUAAUAAUCCACAUAGUGUAAUAAGUAAUGAUAACAGAAUAAAUAAUAAUCCACAUAGUGCAAUAAGUAAUGAUAACAGAAUAAAUAAUAGAAGUAAUAAUAAUAACACAGAAUAUAAUAAUCAUGGUGUAAUAAGUAAUAAUAAUAAUCCGCAUAGUGUAAUAAAUAAUAAUCAUAACACAGAAUAUAAUAUGCAAGGUGUAAUAAGUAAUAAUCAUAACACAGAAUAUAAUAAUCAUGGUGUAAUAAGUAAUAGUGAAUAUAGUACGCAUAGUGUAAUAAGUUAUGAUGAUAUAAUUUUAUCAGAGUGUCCUUCUAGUGUCAUUACAUCUGUACGGCAAGUGCUCAGCCGGGACAGUCAGUUUAUUAAGCUGGCCAGGCGGGAGGGUUGCCGAGUCUCUGAGUGGAUCCAUUUUACGCCCAUCCGGAGAAGGUUCCCUAAGCCACUCACCCACUUAACUGAAAUCCGGUCGGCCCUGAAGAAGAAAGGCAUUUAUAAGGAGUUCAAGUUCACACACCCAUAAAUGCACUGUACACAAUUAAAUAACCAAUGUGUAAUAAGUCCUACCACCCAUAAUAAACAACACACUGUGUAAUAAAUAAUAAAAUAAAUCUGUGA